AAAUGAAAAUUGUAAAAUAAUACUAAUUAUUAUGUAAAAUAUAUACAUGUCCGUUAUAUGUACUGCUUUAAGCGGAUUUCGUAUCCCGUGAGAAUAAAUGAGCAUUUAUUGAUCGCAUGUAAUUGUCUAUUUUUUUAUAACCAUGAGGCGGGUUUACACGAAUUUUCAAACAUUAAAGGUUUGAAGAAUAGCACAUUCGGGAUGUGCCCUAGCUGUAACAAUAUAGGAAAAUGGAAAUAUGUCUGGAAUGGAUUGAAAAAAACCACAGUAGAAAUUGAAACUUUGCACAUGGCAAUAUUUAUCAAUGGCAGUUCUAUAAACUGCUAUAAACUUUUUUUGAACCUGACAUAUUUACUUGUGAUAAAUACGAAACACUUUGCAGCUUUACAGCAGAGAUUGCGGUGGUUUAUUAUGAUUUCCCACCACCAUUAUAUCUGCAAUGCUUUGUCGAAAUUAUUUUUUUGUUUAUAGAACAUUAGUGGAUAAUCUUUGAUGUAAAAAACAGUUGGCACUUGACAGUUUUUGAUUGACAGAUGACAAGUGACAAUGACGGGACAGAAGUUCUAAUUCAUAUAUUUCAUAAUCUAACAAUUUAAUUUCUGUGUUUCAUCCUGACAGACAGAUGUUUGUUUUAUUUUUUAGGAGUUUUAAAAAGUACGUACAAAAUGUUACAAAGAUUAGUUCAUGUAACUUUAAAUGUUAAAGUAUGUAACAGACAUAAUCCUUUACUGUUUGGAAUACCAUUUCGGAGCCAAGCUAGACACCACUGUGGAUUCAGGUUGUAUUCUAGUCACAAAGUUUCAGCCUUAAGAAACUAUUAUGAAAGGACUGCAAUAAGAGGAAGCGGGUUAAUGUCCUUAAAGUCCAGAAUUUACAGUAGCCAGGUUGAUACACAAAGAAAAAAUGCUCAACUUGAAAGUGUUCAUUUAAGAACUACGAUAGGCACAUCAAAGAAAGUCGAUUUGAAAUCUAAAACUUCAGAAGUGAAACGUUUAUUUUCUCUGGCUGCUCCUGAAAAGUGGACAUUAACUGGUGCUAUUGGUUUCCUGAUCAUAUCUUCGAGUGUAACAAUAGCUGUUCCAUUUUCCUUGGGCAAAGUCUUAGAUAUAAUAUAUAGCAGUACAAAUGACCUUGGUGCGACCACAGAGAGACUUGAUAGUUUAUGUUUAAUGUUAUGUGGAGUAUUUAUUCUUGGUGGCUUAUGUAAUUUUGGAAGAGUAUAUUUAAUGUCAAUAUCAGGUCAAAGGAUGACUCAAGCACUGCGCAAACAAGCGUACGCUGCAAUAAUGCGUCAGGAGCCGGCCUGGUUUCAUAGGACAUCGACCGGGGAGCUCGUCAACCGUUUGUCUGCUGACACUCAAUUAGUUGGGAGGAACCUUAGUCAGAAUGUCAGUGAUGGCUUACGGUCAUUACUUAUGACGAUAGCUGGUGCUGGAAUGAUGUUUUACAUGUCCCCUUCAUUGGCUUUUAUCGGGUUGUGCGUGGUACCACCCGUGUCUAUGUUAGCGGUGAUAUACGGCAGGUUCGUCCGCAGUAUAACAAGGCAAUUGCAGAAAACUUUAGCUGACACUAGUGAGUUAGCCGAAGAGAAGAUUUCUAAUAUAAAAACAGUAAAGGCGUUCAGUAAAGAGGCGAAGGAAUGUGAAUCUUACGCUCAAAGAAUAGAAACAGUAUUGCAAUUGGCGUACAAAGAAUCCUUGGCAGUUGGAAGUUUCUACGGAAUGACAGGACUUGCGGGGAAUACGAUAAUAUUAUUAGUGUUGUACUACGGCGGUGGUAUGGUGGCUACGGAACAGCUGACAGUGGGUCAUUUGACGUCGUUCCUACUCUAUGCAGCUUACGUAGGCAUUAGUAUAGGAGGACUGAGCGGGUUCUAUACCGAGCUGAACAAAGGUCUUGGCGCUGCGACACGAUUGUGGGAGAUAAUGGACAGAAAACCUUUGAUUCCUUCAAUAGGUGGCCUCCGACCAGAGACAAGACCGAAGGGUGAAAUAUUAUUAGAAAAUGUGACAUUUUCGUAUCAAGGAGCUCCGUUAAUCAGGGGAAUGAAUUUACAUCUGACUCCAGGCAAGUCGAUAGCUCUAGUGGGUCGGUCUGGUUGCGGCAAGAGUACCAUAGCUUCGCUUAUUUUGAGGUUAUACGAUCCUGAAGAAGGACGGAUAUUGUUGGACGGUGUGGAUAUAAGACAUUUGGAUCCAGUAUGGUUGAGAAGCCAUAUUGGUUUCGUAAGUCAGGAACCAGUUCUGUUCAGUGGAUCAAUAAAAGAAAAUAUAUUAUAUGGCGCGCUCGAUGAUCGCGAGGAGAUGAUAGAAGUUAACGGUAAGUUGGAGCCGGCGUGGCUGGUGGCGGCGCGCACGGCGCAGCUGCAGGACAUGGGCGCGUCGCGUGCGGGGUGGCGGCGGGAGGUGGGCGCGGGCGGCUCACAUCUCAGCGGUGGACAGAAGCAGCGCGUUGCCAUCGCACGCGCCAUCGUCAAGAAUCCAAAAAUCUUAAUACUCGACGAAGCUACCUCAGCGUUGGACGCUUAUUCAGAAUUUCUAGUCGACAAGGCGCUUAAAGAUAUAAGCAAAGAUCGCACUGUUCUAACUAUUGCUCAUAGAUUGAGCACCAUACAGUCCGCGGAUGAAGUGGCCGUUGUCGACAACGGAUGUAUUGUUGAACAAGGAACAUAUACAGAUUUAAUGUCAAAAGAAAAUGGCGUCUUCAAAGAACUUAUCACUCAUCAAACAUUCGCAUCAAAGUCUAGAGAGAGAAGCGAAAUACAAAAACAAUGACGGUAACAUUUAAUGGUCAUGACAUUGUUAUUUGUUAGAAAAUUUUAUUAUUUAUUUUUUUUUAUGUUGGGAUAUUAAAAUAUUUUUUUUUUCAAAAAAAAUACGA